CGCAAGUUGUCGUUGUCUCUCAACUUUGGCGCAUUAGCCAGACGCUCGAAUCUCCUCGGUUGCUUCAACAAUGGCGGAUCCGCUGUCCAUCGCAGGCAGUGCCGUCGGAAUCAUCUCCCUCGGAAUCCAGGCUGUACAGUCAAUCUACCAAUACUACAAUGCCUCGAAGAACCAGCAUUCCGACAUUGCUCGUACCCUGCGGAAACUCGAGGAUUUGCAAUCUUUGUUCGAAAGAUUGAACAGCUAUCUCAGCGAUCGAAAAUUCCGACUCAGCGAGAAGGGUUUGCUUCAAAACAUCGAGUCCACGAUUCAGCACUGCGAGGAGUCCAUCGACGAGUUGGAACAAGAGGCGAAGAAGUUUGAGAAGAUAUCGACCGACGGUGCUCGAGGUACAAUCAGAGGAGCCGUCCGUCCGUUGGUAUACCCUUUCCGGGAGAGCACUCUCCUGAAGCUGCACGAAGACAUCGAUUACCUCAUCAGUCAACUGUCUCUGGCCUUAUCGCUACUGCAGCAACAGACCAUCGAUCUCGUACAAGAUGAAAUCGAGAGCACCAAUGCCAUACUCAACUUAAUCCGAACCUCACAAGUUUCCUCCGAGAUCCGAACUUGGCUCAAUGCUCCUGACGCAACCUUCAACUUUACUGAAGCAUGUGCAAAGAAACACCCGGGGACUGGUACUUGGUUCGUCAACGGGCCUGAAUUCACUCGCUGGCUUGAGGAGCCAAACUCGUUUCUUUGGUUGAAGGGCUUUGCCGGCUGCGGAAAGACUGUUCUGAGUUCGACGGUCAUACAGCACACCCUACGCCACCGUAGAUCAAACCCCUCCAUCGGACUCUGUUUCUUCUUCUUUUCAUUUAAUGAUAAAUCCAAACAGGAUGCAUCAGCCAUGCUUCGAGCGCUCAUUUUGCAGCUAUCUGACCAACUUGACUAUGUUCCAUCCGCACUGCAAAGGACACAUGAUUCGAGGAAGAAAAACAACAUCCAACUCUCGACGGUAGACCUACUUCAAUGUUUCCGUCAGGUCUUACAGCUUUUCCAAAACGUCUACGUUGUUUUGGAUGCACUAGACGAGAGCCCUCGGGAAACUAGUCGGUUCGAUCUUUUAGAAGCAUUGAAAGAGAUUCGGACUUGGUCAGAUCUGGGACUACAUCUUUUGGUAACUAGCCGAGACGAAGUCGAUAUUCGCGAAGGAUUAGAGGCCGAGAAACAAGCGACUAUCUUAAUGAAGCACGAAGGGAUAAAUGAUGACAUUGCUAGCUAUAUCUCGCAAUACCUUCAACGGCGUCUUAGACAUUGGAGCGACCACCAUUCUCUGAUUGAAAAGGUCUUGACCGAAAAGGCACAUGGCGUUUUCCGUUGGGUUGAAUGCCAGUUCAAAGCACUUGCGACGUGCCCAAGGACCAAGCAGGCUCUUGAUCGACGACUUCAAUCAUUACCUCCAACGUUGGAUGAGACCUACAAAAGGAUGCUGGAGAAUGUUCCCGACAAAGACUACGCCAAGCAGAUGCUCACGAUUCUCUGUUGCGCAUCAAGACCGUUGUUUGUGCCGGAGUUAAUCAACGCUUUGGCAAUCGAGAUCGGAACCACGUCCUUCUUGAACCCAGAUCGGCAAUUGCCAGAUGCAGACUCUCUUCAGGAAAUCUGCCCAGGAUUCACCGAAGUAAGAAUCGGACCUUUCGGAGGAAUAUCCUUCAUUCGAAUUGCCCACUUCUCUGUAAAGGAAUACCUCGAAUCUAGUCGUAUUCUUCUACCAGAAGGUUACCCUGCUUUCAGUAUAUCCAAGCGCUGUGGGGAUCUGCUGCUGGCGUCAAUGUGUCUCACUUUGCUGCUAGAACCUGGACUACAGAUUCUUGGGUAUUUGGAGGUCAUGAAAGAGUAUCCUUUUGCGAGAUAUGCUGCCAAGGAGUGGGUAAACCACUGGAGGAAGGGCACUGAGAUUGGCGCCGCAUUGUACGAUAACCACAGUCACUGCAACCUUGAAGUAUCCCACGAUAGUCUCGUUCUACGACUCCAGAAUCAGAUGUUACUGCUUUUCAGAGACACGACAGGGGUAAUAAGAAACGACCUUACACCAUGGAACAAUAAUUUUUAUCGGGUUGAGGACUGGGACGAGAUGCCACAUCCACUUUACUUCGCAUCCCUUAUCGGUGCUCGCUUCCUGGUAGAAAGCUUCUAUGAGGAUUGGAAAACACAAUGCAGCCUCAAACAGCCAACGGAAGGAUGCAUCGAUCAUAUGGGAGGAAAAAGUGGAAGCCAUACUACACCAUUACAAGCAGCGGCAGCUUUCGGUCAUCGAGACGUGGUAGAAUUCUUCCUCGACCAAGGGGCGGAUCCAAACAUGACUUUUCUGCAAACACAUACUGCAUGCGGCACACCUUUGAUGACAGCUUCAGCUUAUGGCCAGACAGAAAUUAUUGAGUUGCUGCUCGAGCGUGGUGCAGAGGUCAAUUUCGUUUGGUCCAUGUCAUCCCUUGAUCCCGGACGACAGGGCUUUGGAUUCGGUGAUGAAAUGGAAAUGCCAACUGCCUUAGUGGCGGCAUCGUUCUCGGGUCAAAGCGAAGCUGUAAAAUUACUGUUGAAAUAUGGGGCAGUCGAUGAUGUUCACUCCGGCUUCUUGUACAAUUCUGCCUUGAGGGCAGCGAAAAAUUGUAUGAAAGACGUGAAAAGGGUCGAAGCGACUAGGAUCCUUCUCCAGAAUUUUGACAGCGUCAAGGUCACUACGAAUUCUAAGAUACUCGAGCUCUACAUGGAAGUAGCGGUGGAGACUGGGCAUAUAGAUCUUGCCCAAAAGUACCUGGACAAAUGGAUCUUGUGUGGAAGACCUGGCUUUUCGCCCAGAAAAACACUUGAAUUAGCGUCAGCAGGUGGACACGAAAGUAUUGCUCAUCAACUCCUUCAGUCCGGAGCUAAGGUUGCAUGCUCAGGUCGAGCCUGCCAUUUAUCAUCGCUCAAAGACGCAAUAGGACCGGCACUUCAAGAAGCAUCAGGAAACGGACGCCCUGAAAUCGUCAAACUUCUCCUAGGCUUCGGAACCGAUAUUAACUUUACUUUACGUGGCCGGGACUUUGAAUCUGCACUGCUGAGAGCAGUAACUGGAGGACACGUAGGAACAGUGCAGCUGCUUCUUAACAUAGGCGCCGACCCCAACUCUUCGGAUGGAACUCAAAUGCCAGCACUGUAUGCGGCAUCACAAGCGGGCCAUGAGGAGAUUGUUCAGCUACUUCUAGACGCAGGUGCGAAGAUCCACGCGCCAAUUCAGGUGGGUUUAUUUGAAUCUGCAUUGGCUGCAGCUUGCCAUGGCGGCAAUAACAGAAUCGUGAAGAUUCUGAUGGCACGAGGUGCCUCUUUCCUGGAGAGACACGUUGUUGCUACAAAAGUACGGGCUGUAACGGAGAAGUUUGCGAAUGAUCAUUGGGAUCUUUGGGACCGGAUACUGUCCAACUACACCAAUUUUGAUCCUCGGGAUAUUUGGGACCCGAUAAAGUCAAAGUUUGUAGCUCGGCAUCUUCGGUAUUUGCUCUCAUUCUUGACGAAAACAGAUACUGAGGACCUGGAGCUCUGGCUUCGGAAAGAGAAUUCGGAUGUUAGGCCGAAGGUACUGGAUCCUCUCUCCUCGGCGUCACUUGGGGGCCAUGUGGAUAUUGCUCAGAAAUUUCUCGCAGGUUUGACUGAGAAAAAUGUCGAGAACCAGGCUCCGAGACUACGAGCAGCACUUGCAGCGGCCGCAGCAGGCGGCCACAUUGAAGUUGUCAAGCUCAUUCUCGACUUCGAUAGUCAAAUUCCCUUGCAAGAACUUGGUUGGAGGAGAGCAAAGUACUUGGCGUCACUGAUGGAAUACCAGGAUAUCGUGCAGAUUUUGGACGAAGUUUCUGAAACAAGGCUUCUCUUUGAAAAAGAGGGCAAUCACUAG